AUGUCCGCCUCACCACCACCUCCAGCAGCCCUGGAUGCAGAAGAAGUGAACCCAUCAGACUUAGUCGUAGAGAACAACGUGGGGAACGAAGUUGUUGAUGCCGAUGUGGAUGUGGAUGUUGACGAAGAUGAGAGACCAGCAGACGUAGGAGCGGAUGGUACACUUCAGACGAAUAUUGGCGGGGAAGACGAUGAGCAAGACCAAGAUAUCGAUGUAGAUGAAGAUGGAGAAGGAGGGGAGUACGUAGCACCCACAGCAACUUCACCGGGGAAAAUACCCAAAUUCAAAAAGACCAAGCGUACUUCUGAAGAAGCAGAAGACGAAGAUGUAGAUGUGGAUGAAGAUGAGGAUGAUGUUGAUGAAGAUGAUGAAGAGCGAAGGAGAAGGAGGAAAAAGAAGAAGAGGAUGGAAAACAAUAGGAAAAGGAGAGAGAGGGGCGAAGAUGAUCCUGAUGUGGACGUUGAUGAGGAUGAUGAAGAAGGUGAACAACAACCCGUAUAUGAUGAAGCUACCCAACGACGUAUGGCACUGGAAGAGAGAAUCGAUAAUAUCGGGAAGAAACAAAAAGUCACGAGGAGGAAGAAAAAAGGUGAUGAUGAGGAUAUCGUUGAUAACUAUCAUGAUGAAAUUUGCGCGCGUUUGAGAGAUAGGAUGAUAUCCGCUGCAGACAAGGACGAAGCUGCCAACAGACAGAAAUUACCUGGUACAGCGAAAUUAGCGAUGUUAGAUGAAGUCAUGGGUGUAUUGAGAAACACCACACUCUGGCAAAGUAUAGUCGAUAAUGGUGUUUUGGAAGCUGUCAAAAGAUGGUUAGAACCUCUACCCGAUAGAAGUUUACCCUCCGUCGGUAUUCAAAAAGCUAUCUUCGAGGUGCUACCUAAGAUGGAUCUCGAUACUACCACCUUGAAAGAAUGUCGACUAGGCCCCAUCGUCUUGUUCUACACCAAGACUAAACGAGUCACUCCAGCUAUUAACCGACAGGCAGACGCAUUGGUCCAAUCAUGGUCUAGACCGAUCAUAAAACGACCAGCGAACUAUCGAUCGAGACAAAUUGAUACUCAAGAUGAUCUUCCGUUGGGUUCCGAUUCGCAAGGACGUGAACGAGAUGAAAUUGAAUUGUCUCAAACUCAACAUUCUCAAGCUCUGUCGCUCGGUGGUGGAUCGCAACAGAGAACGAAGGCUCAGAGAUUCGAUAUCAAGAAAGCUUUGGCGGAAAAUGCCGGUAGGAAAGGAGCUAGGUUGCAAAUUGUCAAGGACAUUCAAUAUACCGUUGCACCAGAAUCACGAACCCAACAUCUCGCAGAGGAUAUCCAACAUGUAUCUAGGGCACAAAUGGAUAAUAGGAAAUUCAACAAAUUCGCUAGACAGAUGAAAGCUGGUAGGAAGUGA